AUGCUCGCGUCUCUACUCAACCGCGGCGCGCUGUCGCUGGCGGCUCUGACGCUUUUGUCAUCUCUUGCUUCGGCAGAAGUAUUUGAGCGGCUUCGUGCUGUGCCACAGGAAUGGCAUUACUCUCACACUCCGCGUGCAAACCAGCCCAUUCGAUUGCAGGUUGCGUUGCAGCAAGGGGAUGUCGCUGGAUUUGAACAAGCCCUGAUGGAAAUGUCGACUCCUGGUCAUGAAAACUACGGCAAACACUUCCGAACCCACGACGAGAUGAAACGUAUGCUGCAGCCAAGUACGGAAUCGGUGGAUGCAGUCCUAGACUGGCUGCAUUAUUAUGGCAUUACAGACAUCAAGCAGAAUGCAGACUGGGUGACUUUUAGAACUACAGUGGAGAAUGCUAAUGAUAUGUUGUCGGCCAACUUCCAAUACUAUAUCAACAACGUAAAGCACGUCGAGCGUCUCCGCACCCUGGAAUACUCCAUUCCAGACUCAUUGGUACCGCACAUUAAUCUGGUUACUCCGACUACUCGCUUCGGUCAGCUUAAGCCCAAUCGUGCAACGCUUCACAGCAAGACAAAGGCUGUUGACGAAGUCUUCCGUAAGGCCGUCAACAGUGCUAGUGCCGAUUGCAACAAGGCAAUUACACCUCAGUGUCUCAAGGAACUUUACUCCAUCGGUGACUACAACGCUAGCUCCAGCAUUGGCAACAAGGUUGCUUUCUCCAGCUACUUAGAGCAGUAUGCUCGAUAUGCAGAUCUCGCUCUAUUCGAACAGGAUAUUGCUCCUUAUGCAACGGGCCAAAACUUCACAGUCAUUGAAUACCAUGGCGGUCUGAACACUCAAAACUCCAAAUCUGACAGUAGCGAGGCCAAUCUAGACCUUCAGUACAUCGUGGGCGUGAGCCACCCAGUUCCAGUCACUGAGUUCAGCACCGGUGGCCGCGGCGAGCUAGUCCCUGAUUUGGACCAGCCUGACGCCAACAAUAACAACAAUGAACCUUACCUGGACUUCCUGCAGAACAUUGUCACAAUGGAGGAUGAUGACCUACCCCAGGUGCUCUCUACCUCUUAUGGUGAGGACGAACAGAGUGUUCCGGAAAAGUACGCUCGCAGUGUUUGCAAUCUAUAUGCCCAGCUUGGCAGCCGCGGUGUUUCUGUCAUCUUCUCUUCGGGCGACUCAGGUGUCGGCGCAGCCUGCAUGACGAACGACGGAAAAAACACAACCCAUUUUCCGCCACAGUUCCCCGCUGCCUGUCCCUGGGUGACCUCAGUCGGAGCAACCACCAAGACUUCCCCAGAGCAAGCAGUCUACUUCUCGUCCGGCGGCUUCUCAGAUUUGUGGGCCCGUCCAAGUUAUCAAGAUUCAGCAGUUAGCGAUUACCUCGAAAAACUAGGCGAUAAGUGGUCUGGCUACUUCAAUGCAAGCGGCCGCGCCUUCCCAGAUGUUGCCGCACAGGGCGAAAACUAUGCCAUCUACGAGAAGGGCGUGCUUUCAUCAGUAGACGGUACAUCGUGCGCCUCUCCCGCUUUCGCAGGUGUUAUCGCUCUAUUGAACGAUGCUCGUCUCAAGGCUAACAAGGCGCCAUUGGGUUUCCUGAACCCUUGGCUCUACUCAUCUGGUCGCUCUGCUCUUAAUGAUAUCACUGUAGGUGGCAGCACUGGUUGCGACGGAAAUAGCCGAUUCAGCGGUCCUACAAACGGUGGCCCUGUUGUGCCGUACGCUAGCUGGAACGCUACUGAGGGCUGGGACCCUGUUACUGGUCUUGGUACUCCGGAUUUUGCGAAGCUGUUAGUUUCCGCAAAUGCGAAGGAAUGA